AUGCAUCGUAUAGCUCAUACCGUUCGCCAGAGUUUGUCCCAGGGCCAGUUCCUCACUUUAACAAGCCGACGGUUCUCAUCGAUCAUUAAACGCCAGUCUCCAGCGUCGGAGGCCCCUCUGAUCGAUCACCUUUACGAGCAGGCAAUGGAAUUCGAUCAGCCAGAUAGAUCAGAGACUGACAUUGACAUUCUUGCAGUGCCAUCAUUAUCGGGGCGGGAGGUGCUGGCCUUCUUUCCCAUUCGUUCACAUACAGUCACCGCACAAGGCGGGAUCAACGCCGCCCUGAGGAAUAUGACUCAGGAUGACUAUCGAUGGCACAUGCAUGACACUGUCAAGGGAACCGAUUGGCUCGGAGACCAGGAUGCCAUUCAUUAUAUGACGCGUGAAGCUCCCAAGGCAAUUUAUGAGCUCGAAAGCUAUGGUAUGGCGUUCUCGCGCACCGAAGAUGGGAGAAUCUAUCAGCGUGACUUGGGUGGGCAAGGCUUGGAGUAUGGUCGUGGAGGACAGGCGUAUCGUACGGCUUGUGCCGCAGAUCGGAUAGGUCAUGCUAUGCUGCAUGCUUUAUCUGGACAGGCACUGAAGCACGAUGCUGAAUUCUUUGUCGAAUUUUUCAGCCUCGAGUUGCUCAUGGUGGAUGGGGUCUGCCUUGGUGUCAUCUGUCUGUCUCUGGAAGAUGGCACACUCCAUCGUUCACACCAUCGUUUCUUCGCUCGGAACACUGUUCUCGCCACCCGGGGUAUGGGAGAGUCUAUUUCUCCUGCACAUCCGCGCACACUUCCACCGGCGAUGGAAACGCCAUGGUUGCACGCGCCAGUCUUCCCAACCAGGACAUGGAGUUCGUCCAGUUCCAUCCUUCAGGCAUCUACGGCGCCGGUGUUCUGCUCACGGAAGGUGCCCACGGCGAAGGGGGGUUACCUGCUCAACUCCUAUGGCGAACGAUUCAUGGAGCGAUACGCUCCGACGGCCAAAGACCGACUACCUGGCAUCGCCGAGACAGCGUCAAUCUUCGCCGGUAUCGACAUCACCCGAGACCAAGUCCCCGUUGUGCCUACCGUCCACUACUGCAUGAGCGGAAUCCCCACAAACUUCAAAGGCCAGGUCCUCAAUGUGAAUGUAGGUUCCUCUCCGAGCUCUGAAUCACCCCUUCCGGGUCUGUACGCGGCUAGCGAGGUCGCCUGUGUCAGCGUGCAUGGGGCCAAUCGACUCGGGGCCAAUUCCCUACUCGAUAUCGUAGUGUACGGACGCGUUUGUGCCAUCGACAUUGCGGAGAAUAAUGAGCCGGGUAUGCCACUGCAGUCGGCAAGCCCGGUGGAUGAGCACAUUGAGCUCUACUCAAUCCGGAACAUGCAUCGUGUGCGCACCAUUGACGGAGACCUGCUAACCGCACAGAUCCGCGAAGAUCUCCAGCGAGCCAUGCAGGCUGAUAUUGCCUUCCGGUCGGAAGAGCCCCUCGUCGAAGACGUAUCCAAGGUGCAGCAGGUGCAACACAACUUCUCGACACGGCUCGCGACGAAAGAUCGCAGGCUGGUUUGGAAUUCGGAUCUGGUGGAGACACUCGAGCUGCGAAACUUGCUAGCCUGUGCGGUGCAGACGGCGCAGGCUGCCCUACGGAGGGCGGAAAGUCGAGGGAGUCAUCCCCGGGAGGAUUUCCCGACGAGAGACGAUGUGAACUGGUUGCGGCACAGAUUGACCUGGCAAGGCGGAGAGAACGAGGGGGUGCGCGUAGACUAUCGAGGGGUGAUUAAAGAGACGUUAGAUGAUCUAGAUUGCGCGAGUGUGGCACCGAUGAAACGAAGUUAUUGA